AUGAUCUCUUGGAGUUCUAUCCCUUGGAUUCUGCAGAUUCCCCAUCUGGUUUGUGCGUUUGGGGACUCUGAGUGCUAUUUCAGAGUCAAAGACUUUCGUCGUGAUGGAAAUGUAAUGAUUGGAGCAUUUUUCCCUCUUUAUUAUUAUUACACAGCCAAUAAAAUUCCUCAUAAAAUUCUGCCAAACCAUUUUGAGGAUUUUUACUUACAGUAUAAAUUUAAGAACUACCAGUUUGUCCUGGCUCUGGUAUUUGCCAUUGAGGAGAUCAACAGGAACCAUCAUCUUUUACCUAAUACAUCUCUUGGAUUUGAUCUUUAUAAUAUCCCUUUCAGUGAAAAAAAUACUCUUAUGAAUGCUUUUAUUUGGCUCACAGGGAUAAAUGAUUUCAAAGCUAAUUACAAUUGUAAAAAGGAGCAGAAGUUAGCAGCUGCACUUACAGGAACAUCAUUUGCAGUAUCAGCCCAUAUGGGGACACUAUUUCAACUUUACAAAAUGCCGCAGCUUACCUUUGGGCCUUUUAACACUAUUCUGAGUGAUCGAACACAGUUUACAUCUCUCUAUCAGAUGUCUCCCAGUGACAUAUCUCUGCCACGUGGCAUUGUCUCUUUGAUGCUUCAUUUCAAAUGGAGCUGGGUAGGACUGAUCUUCACAGAUGACCACAGAGGAAUGCAGAUUUUAUCUGACAUGAAACAAGAGAUGAAGAAAAAUAAAGUCUGUGUGGCUUUUGUGGAAAUGAUUUCAGGAACCUGGGACUCAUUUUCACACAAAUUCUGGAAAAGUCUGGGAAAAAUCCAAGACUCAUCUGCAAAUGUGAUUAUCAUUUUUGGAGACACUGAUUCUCUACAAGGUGUAAUGAAAAAUAUAGGGCAGAAGUUAACAACAUGGAAAGUCUGGGUUAUGAACUCACAAUGGGAUGUUACCAACCACAUUGAUUAUUUUAUGCUAGAUUCUUUCCAUGGUAGUCUCACAUUUUCACACCACUAUGAGGAGAUUGUGGAAUUUGAAAAUUUUAUACAAACUGUUCAACCUUCCAAAUACCCUGAAGAUACAUAUCUUCCUAAAUUAUGGCAUUUGUUUUUUAAAUGCCCGUUUUCUCACAGUGAUUGCAAAUUGGAGAACUGUCAACCCAAUGCUUCCUUGGAUUUAUUGCCUAAGCAAAAUUUUGACACAGCCAUGAGUGAAGAGAGUUACUAUAUAUACAAUGCUGUGUAUACAGUGGCCCACAGUCUCCAUACAAUGAUUCUUAAGCAAAUUCAAAUUCAGCAACAUAAAAAUGGAGCAGAAAUUGUAUUCCUCCCCUGGCAGCUCCACCCAUUGCUACAGAAUAAAUAUAUGAAUAAUCACGUGGGAAGCCAUAUGGAAAUGGAUAUGAAAUCUAAGUUAGAUUCUAAGUAUGACAUUAUCAACUUUUGGAAUUUCCCAAAAGGGAUUGGACUAAAGGUGAAAGUAGGAUCAUUUUCUCCAAAUGCUCCACAUGAUCAACAAUUGUCUUUAACUAAUCAUUUGAUACAAUGGCCCACAAGAUUUACAGAAAUCCCUACAUCUGUAUGCACUAAUCUCUGUCAACCUGGAUUCAGAAGAACUGUCAAAGAGGGUCAAGAUCUGUGUUGCUUUGAUUGUACUUCCUGUCCAGACAAUGAAAUUUCCAAUGAGACAGAUAUGGAUCAUUGUGUGAAGUGCCCAGGAAGCCAUUAUGCAAACACAGAGAAGAACCACUGCCUCGAGAAAGCUGUGACAUUUUUAAAUUUUGAAGAUCCCUUGGGAAUGGCACUCAGUAGCACAGCCUUGUGCUUAUCUGCAAUUACAGCUACUGUUCUGGGCAUCUUUGUGAAACAUAGAGACACUCCCAUUGUAAAGGCCAAUAAUCGGGCCCUCAGUUACAUUCUGCUCAUCACACUCAUCAUUUGUUUCCUUUCUUCCUUGUUCUUCAUUGGGCAGCCCAACACAGUCACCUGCAUCUUGCAGCAGAUGACAUUUGCAAUUUUAUUCACCAUGGCUCUCUCUACUGUGUUGGCCAAAGCUCUUACUGUAGUUAUUGCUUUCAAGGUUACUUUUCCAGGGAGAUUAAUGAGGUGGUUAAUAAUAUCAAGAGCCACUAACUACAUCAUUCCCAUCUUCACUCUACUCCAAAUCAUUCUUUGUGGAAUCUGGCUGGGAACCUCUCCUCCCUUUGUUGAUCAAGAUACUCAUGCUCAACAUGGACACAUCAUAAUUUUGUGCAACAAGGGCUCAGCCAUUGCUUUCCAUUGUGUCCUGGGGUACCUCUGUUCAUUGGCACUAGGGAGCUACACCAUGGCCUUCUUGUCCAGAAAUCUUCCUGACAAAUUCAAUGAAGCCAAGUUCUUGACAUUCAGCAUGCUUGUGUUCUUCAGUGUGUGGGUCACUUUCCUUCCUGUCUACCACAGUACCAAGGGGAAGUUUAUGGUGGCUGUGGAAGUCUUCUCUAUUUUAGCUUCCAGUGCAGCACUUCUAGGCUUUAUAUUUGCCCCGAAAUGCUAUAUCAUUUUGUUAAAACCAGAUAAGAAUAUGUUUCAUGGCAUCAGAGACAAUACACACUAUAGAAGAAAUGACUUUAAUUAA